AUGACUACUCUCCCGAAGAUCUUCAUCACCGGCGCAACCGGCUACAUCGGCGGCGACGCCCUCUACGCCAUCUUUGCCAAGCACCCCGAAUAUAAAUACACCGUGCUGGUGCGCUCUCCAGAGAAAGCCGAAAAGGUCCAAGUCCAGUACCCUUCUAUCCGGGUUGUCAUCGGCGAUCUAGAUGACUCUGCCCUUUUGGAGAAGGAGAGUGCUGAAGCUGAUAUCGUUUUGCACACCGCCGACGCCUCCGACCACGAAGGCGCCGCGAACGCCAUCGCCAAGGGCCUAGAAAAAGGCCACAGCAAAGAAAAGCCCGGAUACUGGCUUCACACUGGCGGCACAGGUAUCUUGACGUUCCAUGACACGGAUCGGAAUGUGUUCGGGGAGGGUAGCGACAAGGUCUAUGAUGACUGGGAUGGAGUGGACGAAUUGUUGAACCUGCCGGAGCAUGCGUUCCAUCGAAAUGUGGAUCGGGUGGUGUUGGAGACGGCGAAGGCGAAAGGGGAUGUGGUGAAGACGGCAUUGGUGUGCCCGCCUACUAUUUAUGGACGUGGUCGAGGCCCCGUAUCCGUGCGCGGACGACAAGUCUACGAGCUGGCCAAGGUGACACUGCAGCUUAAGAAGGCGCCACUCAUCGGAGAUGGUAAGUCGAUAUGGAAUAAUAUCCAUAUCUAUGAUUUGAGUGAGCUGUAUGUCCUGCUUGUGGAGGCGGCUGUGCAUGGACGGGAUGAUCCUGAGCUGUGGGGGGAGAGGGCGUAUUAUCUCACUGAGAACGGGGAGCAUGUUUGGGGUGAGUUGGCUGUGGCGACGGCAUUGACGGCGACGGAGCUAGGCUUGCUUUCUAAUGUCGAGAAGGAGAAGAUUAGUCUGGAGGACGCGAAGAGGUAUGGUGGGUAUGAGGCGUUAAGUUGGGGAUUGAAUUCGAGGGGACGCGCCAGGAGAGGAGCCAAGGUGCUGGGAUGGACACCGACACAGCCGAGUAUUGAGGCGACGCUGCCGGAGGUCUUGGAGGACGAGGUGAAGAGGAUGACUACUCAGACACAGAGGGUAUAG